GCGGACAGCGCCGCCAGGAUGAACGGACUGAGCCCCGGCCCGGCCGGCAUCGCCAUGAAGGACCACGAUGCCAUCAAGCUGUUCGUGGGGCAGAUCCCCCGCAACCUGGAGGAGGGGGACCUCAAGCCCCUCUUCGAGGAGUUCGGCAAGAUCUACGAGCUCACGGUGCUGAAGGACAGGUUCACCGGCAUGCACAAAGGCUGUGCCUUCCUCACAUACUGUGCCCGGGACUCUGCUCUGAAAGCCCAGAGCGCACUGCAUGAGCAGAAGACGUUACCUGGGAUGAAUCGCCCCAUCCAGGUGAAGCCGGCGGACAGCGAGGGCCGAGGAGAAGACAGGAAGCUCUUUGUGGGGAUGCUGGGGAAGCAGCAGAGCGAAGACGAUGUCAGGCGGCUGUUUGAACCCUUUGGCCAGAUUGAAGAGUGCACCAUCCUCAGAGGGCCUGACGGAGCCAGCAAAGGAUGUGCCUUUGUAAAAUACGGGAGCCAUGGGGAGGCCCAGGCAGCCAUCAACAGCCUGCAUGGCAGCCAGACCAUGCCGGGAGCCUCCUCCAGCCUGGUGGUGAAAUUUGCAGACACAGACAAGGAAAGGACUUUAAGGCGGAUGCAUCAGAUGGCAGGACAACUGGGCAUCUUCAACCCAAUGACCAUCCAGUUUGGAGCCUAUGGAGCAUAUACGCAAGCGAUAAUGCAGCAGCAGGCAGCCCUGAUGGCUGCAGCACAAGGGACCUGCCUGAACCCAAUGGCAGCCAUCGCCGCAGCCCAAAUGCAGCAGAUGGCAGCCUUUAACGUCAGCGGACUAGUUGCUGCUCCUAUGACCCCCUCAUCAGGUACAAGCACACCUCCAGGGAUCAGCACAGCGCCCGUCCCCAGCAUAGCCACGCCCAUUGGGGUGAAUGGGUUCAGCCCCCUCCCACCACAGACCAAUGGGCAGCCAGCAUCCGAGACCAUUUACACCAAUGGAAUCCAUCCGUACCCAGCUCAAAGUCCCACUGUGGCAGAUCCCCUCCAACAAGCCUACGCAGGCAUGCAGCACUAUGCAGCAGCAUACCCAGCAGCCUAUGCACCAAUCAGCCAGGCCUUUCCCCAGCAAGCUCCCAUCAUUCCACAGCAGCAGAGAGAAGGUCCCGAAGGAUGUAACCUGUUUAUUUAUCACCUGCCCCAGGAGUUUGGAGAUGCAGAGCUCAUGCAGAUGUUUUUGCCUUUUGGCAAUGUCAUCUCUGCCAAAGUCUUUGUUGAUCGUGCCACGAACCAAAGUAAAUGCUUUGGUUUCGUCAGUUUUGACAAUCCGACUAGUGCUCAGGCAGCCAUUCAGGCCAUGAACGGCUUCCAGAUCGGCAUGAAGAGGCUAAAGGUCCAACUAAAGCGGCCAAAAGAUGCCAACAGACCCUACUGACCCCUGCUCACCCUGGCCCUGCAAACAGGUUGGAUGCCCUGCAGCGUAUGAAGAGUACUCUCCUUUUUCCCAAGUGCAGUAUCCAAACUUGUAACUCUCUUUCUUUGCAACAUAUCAUGGAGGAGGCGGAAGCGAAGGAGGAGAAGAAAUGCUGGCGAAAAAGAGAGCCAUUGUGGUUGUAUCUUCUUUUUAUUUUUUAAUUUUCGAAUCAGUUUUGUUUGUUUCUUAACAAGAAAGAAAAAGACACAAUGAUGUUGGAGAAAAGACAAACAGCGCAGAAAUUUGCUGAAUCAGACUAUGAAACGGUGGCUGCUGAAGAAGACUUUGAAUUCCUCGCAAGGAGAGAGGUGGGAUUCUUGGAAAGAAAAACAGACCAAUCUAGGAUUGAGAGCUAGGACAGCUCAUUCGUGAGGAUGAACCCUACCUUUUUAAAGCACUCAUUUGCUGCUACAAGUUUCAAAGGAGGAACUAGGAAAGAGGAUCCAAAUGGAUAUAAACCAAAGCCAGUGGGAUUGGACCAGGCGUGUAUGUUUCACCUGGAUAACAUUUUGUGUUAAAAGGGAAAGAGAAAUUGAUUUUUUCCAUAUCUGGCUGGAAAAAAAGAAAUCAAAGGCUAAGCGCAUGUUGGACUUAUAGAAGAGAUAUAUAAAUACGUUUAUAUAUGUAUAUAUAUA